ACGCCCCGCUCGAGCGGAAGCCGGAAACGUUGGCCGCGGCUGGCGGAGGCGGAGGGGCGUGGGAGGCGUACGCCGUUUGCGGUCUCUUCCUUCCCCUCCGCCGGAGCGCCGUGAGGUGAGGAGGGCGCCCAUGACGACCUGGGUCCUUCCCGGAGCGUAGCCGGCGUGGCGACUGAGGGGGAAGCGAAGGGAGCCGGCAAGCCAGUUCUCGCUGGGGUCCUCCUCCUCGGGCGACCGGGUCCUAACUGUGCCUGCCCAGUUCUGCUUUGCCAGUUGUGCAACUGAGAGAAGCUUGUGGGAAAGGUGGCUUGUUUCAUUAUGUGUGCGUCAGUCAAAUAUAACACCCGGGGUCCAGCCCUCAUCCCAAGAAUGAAGACUAAACACCGCAUUUACUACAUUGCUCUCUUCUCCAUUGUGCUGUUGGGCCUCAUUGCUACAGGGAUGUUCCAGUUCUGGCCACACUCCAUAGAGUCCUCAAAUGAUUGGACAGUUGAAAAACGCAGCAUUCAUGAUGUGCCUGUGGUCAAGAUUCCAGCAGACAGUGCCAUCCCAGAACGAGGAGAUCUCAGCUGCAGGAUGCAUACAUGUUUUGAUGUCUACCGCUGUGGCUUCAAUCCCAAAAAUAAGAUCAAAGUCUAUAUUUACUCUCUAAAGAAGUAUGUGGAUGAAUACAAUAUGCCUGUGAGUCAUACCAUUUCCAGGGAAUACAAUGACCUGUUAACCGCCAUCUCCGACAGUGACUUCUACACAGAUGACAUCAAUCGUGCCUGUCUCUUUGUGCCAUCAAUUGACGUACUCAACCAGAAUAUGCUCCGUAUCAAGGAAACUGCUCAGGCUUUGGCACAGCUCUCCCGUUGGAAUCAUGGGACAAAUCACCUCUUGUUCAACAUGUUGCCUGGAGGACCACCUGACUACAACACAGCACUUGAUGUUCCAAGAGACAGAGCUCUGUUGGCAGGAGGAGGUUUUUCUACGUGGACCUACCGACAAGGCUAUGAUGUCAGCAUUCCUGUUUAUAGUCCACUGUCCGCAGAGGUGGAACUGCCAAAUAAAGGGCUGGGUCCCCGUAGGUACUUCCUCCUUUCCUCUCAGAUGGCUCUUCAUCCUGAAUACCGUUCUGACUUGGAGGCUCUUCAAGCUGAGAAUGGAGAAUCUGUGCUGAUCCUGGACAAAUGUACCAACCUCUCAGAGGGAAUCCCUUUUACUCGUAAGCGCUGCCACAAGAAUCAGGUCUUUGAUUAUCCCCAGGUGCUUCAGGAAGCUACAUUCUGUGUGGUUCUGCGGGGAGCCCGCUUGGGACAAGCUGUGCUGAGCGAUGUACUUCAGGCUGGCUGCAUUCCUGUUGUCAUAGCUGAUUCCUAUAUUCUGCCUUUCUCCGAAGUUCUGGACUGGAAGAGAGCUUCUGUGGUGAUACCGGAAGAAAAGAUAUCUGAGAUGUACAACAUUCUGCAAAGCAUACCUCAACGACAGAUUGAGGAGAUGCAGAGUCAGGCAAGAUGGUUCUGGGAAGCUUACUUUCAAUCAAUGAAAGCUAUUGCUUUGGCAACCCUCAAGAUUAUCAAUGACAGGAUCUACCCAUAUGCUGCCACAUCAUAUGAAGAAUGGAAUGAUCCCCCAGCAAUUAAAUGGAGCAGCGUAAGCAAUCCACUAUUUCUUCCGCUGAUUCCACCUCAGUCGCAAGGCUUCACUGCUAUUGUCCUGACCUAUGAUCGGGUUGAGAGCCUCUUUAGAGUCAUCACUGAAGUCUCAAAGGUGCCCAGCCUUUCAAAGUUGUUAGUAGUUUGGAACAACCAGAACAAAGUUCCACCAGAAGAAACUGUUUGGCCGAAAGUUCGAGUGCCACUAAAGGUUGUACGGACCACAGAAAACAAGUUGAGUAACCGCUUCUUCCCCUAUAAUGAGAUUGAAACGGAAGCAGUGUUGGCCAUUGAUGAUGACAUAAUCAUGUUGACAUCAGAUGAGCUGCAGUUUGGUUAUGAGGUAUGGAGAGAGUUCCCUGACCGGCUUGUCGGAUAUCCUGGUCGCCUACAUUUGUGGGACCAUGAAACAAGCAAGUGGAAAUAUGAGUCGGAGUGGACCAAUGAAGUUUCAAUGGUGCUCACAGGAGCAGCGUUUUACCACAAGUAUUUUAACUACUUGUACACAUACAAAAUGCCUGGGGACAUCAAGAACUGGGUGGAUGCUCACAUGAAUUGUGAGGACAUUGCCAUGAAUUUUCUAGUGGCCAAUGUUACUGGAAAAGCAGUUAUUAAGGUGACCCCAAGAAAGAAAUUCAAAUGUCCAGAAUGCACAGCUAUUGAUGGGUUAUCACUAGACCAGACACACAUGGUGGAAAGGUCUGAAUGCAUUAACAAGUUUGCCUCUGUCUUUGGGACCAUGCCUCUGAAAGUGGUGGAACACCGGGCAGAUCCCGUCUUGUACAAAGAUGACUUCCCUGAAAAACUGAAAAGUUUUCCUAACAUUGGAAGCUUAUAAAGAAUAGUCGCAAGGCCAAUUGGAUAUUGGGAUCCAAUACACAAACAGUGACUGGUGCUGAGCAUCAGGCCUUGGAGAAGAGUUCCUGGGCGUAUUACAAAGAGGAUGCAGAGGUGCCUCACUCCUGGUGUAAUUCAGGCUUUUUCCAUGGACAACACAGGGCAAAGAAUCAAACCACAUGCUGCUGCUGCCUUGCUAUGUGGGUCUACUAAAAUGCCAUACAAAUAUUUAUUUGUUCUACAGACCUUACAUUCUGACAAAGAGUUAAGCACAAACAAUACAGAAUCCUACACACACACACACACAGUAUUUUUUCCUCUAAGGGCCAUUGGUUGUCACUAUUGUGGAAUCUAUUAUGGAAAACACUGCUGUCUCUCCUAAGAGCUGCUUUCUGCGUUUGCUUCAUAGACCCCGCAUUUCUCUUCUAUGCAAGCCUGGCUUACAUGCAGCCUUUGAGAUUUGUGAUUAGGAUUAACUCUUGUGCAGAUAUGCUAGGUUUUCUGUUUUUGUUUUGCUGAGUAAGAUUAGAAAAGAAGAUUGGCAUGACAAUCUUAUACAGACUUAUACAGGGGGCGGGGAGAUAGCAAUUGGAGUAGAAUAAAUCAUUUCCUUUACUCACAUUACUUCUUCAUGAAUGUGGAGACAUUUCAUGUUUUUUUCACAGAAGAGAAGACUGCAUGCUUGACCAGCCUCAGUCCCCUUUUCUUACUAUGCUGAAACAUUUUUUUCAGUUCAGAUGCACGUGGUCAAGACCUAUGCAGCAUCUAAACAAAGUUGAUACUUUGAAACUCUGCUUAGGAAACAACAUGUCAUGUUCUGAUUCUUAAACGUGUUUCUGGAGAGAAAUGCACUUUCUCUAUUGGAUUGUGCAGGUAUGAAGUAUAUUCACAGCUAAUAAAAAGCAAACUUUUCUGACCAGCCACUAUCUCAAAGCUACACACAAAGUGUUGGUACGUAGAAUUCACUGCCCACAAGAUAAUUAAAAUCCAUUCACUGCCCCAUAAAGGACCACAGUUCAGUAGAAUGUGCUUCCCCUUGAAAGCAGUCAGCCACCAACCAUCUGUACUUGUUGUACAUGAAAACCUCGUUUAUUUCUGUAGGACUUCCCAGAAGAAGGACAAACCUAUUCACAGAUAGGAAUUUGUUGGCACUUUUUAAUGAAAACACAUUGUAUGUUUUAAUGUAGUUUGUUUUUGUUUUUUAUACAGUUUAUUUCUAAUAAACAAAUAAUACAACACAUGCUUUACAUGCAAACGGGUUCAGAUCCUGACAUAUCAACAUAAAACAGGGAAAGACUCCUAUCUGAAAUCCUGGGGACCUGAUGUCAGUCAGUGGAGGAAGUAAUGGGAAUGCACAUACAAAAUAGUUAAAGUGGCACAUCAGAAUGAGCUGGACUGAGGAAUGAACAGACAUGCUUUUGAAUUACACAGACCUCUUUACCAGAAGUUAAUUGGAAUAACAUGUAUAGAUUGAUUUAUGUUGAGUUUCUUUUUCUCUUGAGCCAGCACAGCAGCAGCUACUACCCAAACUAAAGAUAAUAGGCGUACGUUUAUGUUCAUCUAGGUGAGGAAAGAGUUUUCCUCUUUGCACCAACAGUAUGGCGUUCCAGUUUGAUGCAUUAUGGGAGAUUAGCACAUUUCUCUGAAGCCCGCUCCACUGUUGUUUUCAGAGGUUACUCUUAUCUACGGUGUCUGCUCAUGCAGUUUACCUAACUGCAAGCUGCAUGACAAAUGCUAGGAACCUUUUUCAUCCUUCUCACGUGAGACUGAAUGAAAGAAAUUGAGAAUUGCACAGAUUCUCCCCCACCCCUGAGUAUCCUGGGGGAAAACGGGCUUGCUCCUUGUCAGGGUGAUGCUGAUAGAACACUGGCUGGAAGGGGGUGUUUCAACUUCAGACUCUCAGGGAGUUACAAAGUAGACUAUUCCGUUCAACAGGGAAGACGGGUUUUUCCUACGUAUUUUUUUUCUAAAGUUUUCCAGAUUACAUCCUUUGCUAUAUCUUUGACUAGAAAAUAAUGAUAGAUGAUGGAGGAUUUGCUGAUUUCAAAACACCAGGAGCUUUAUUUUGAGCCACAAAGAACUCUUCAGUAGACUCUGAUUUGCAAAAGGCUUAUCACUGUAACUAAUUUUGCAUCUGUUCUGAGUGAGAUAGUGGGCAAAGGACUCUCCUUCCUUCUGGUUUAAGAGUGCUUCAUCUAAGGUGGUUCUCUUUUCCUUGGUGCAAGGCAAGUGAGAGUGGGCCAUUCUCUUUUUUUACCAGUGGGAACUUAAGCUCAACUAACUACUUUUUAUCUAUGUUUCAUUAUAAACUAUCAUCCCUGCCCCUAUAGUUUUAAAAAACCUUCCUGUUCCUUUCUUAGGAAUACAGUGUGCAAGUUCUUUAAAAAGUUAUCCUACAUAUAUUGGUGUUCCACAAUUUGAUUUUCUUUAUCUGGGAUAAGCUCUACAUUUAAGCUGAACUGCUGCAGAAUCUAUGCCCAUCUUUGCAACGUUUUAUGCCCUUUUAAUUCCUGCCCCCAUUCACAAGGCCUUCGUUUGUCUAUAGCAGUUAGUUGCUCCUAAUUGUAAACAUUAUUUCACAAUACUUCUACCAUUAGAAGGUAUUUGUGUCCACCAGUGUGAACUAGGUAUAAAGUUAGGGUAAACGAUUACCCUGACUUCCUUUCCAUUUUUUGCAAAAUUGCAAACAAGACCAGAUACAUAUUUUUAAAAUAAGGAAGAAUAUUUGUUCCCUAAGUGCCAGAGAUUUUAAGACACUUAACAAUUCAUAAACCUUUGUUUCAUUAUAAGACUCAUUUCAUAACCAAUCCAUUUAUCUGUUUCAUCACUUAACCACCAGCUAUCUUUGACAGUUUCUGCUUCUUUAUCUCACCUCUUCCACAAUCCACAUUUCCUAAGCUAUGAUAAGGAUGUGGAUAUCUCAACCAUGGUUUACUAGUUCCCUUCUCAGAUGUUACUAGAUCAGUAUAUUCUUUAGGUGUUUCUGAUACACUACCAGGAUCUCCAACCUGAAACAUCAUCCUGUUCCAACUGUAUGGAAUCAGUUUUUUUUCUGGAUGUCACCCUUGGUGAUUCCUCUUUGUGCCACUGAUAGUUCUUGACUUCCAGUCUUAGGGUUCAUCCACACUUUCAUUUGACCCAUGUUUUUUGUUAUAUUACAUAUUGAUCUCUUAUCCUGGGUCCAAGAGCUGCUCUUUUUCCUCCACUGCUUGCUCCAAUUAGAACCCGAUGCUAAGUGCUGAAUCAGGUUUUACAAGAUCCAUCUCCCAUUUGGACAAGCAGGAUUCAGCAUAGUUACUGGUUCAGUCCCAUACAGCUUGGAGAUGUUCUGUAUAUUGAAUCAAGUAUGCUGAAGAAGUCUCUUAUGUGAGCCUCCCUUUGUUCCCAAAAGAGUUACUGUGUCAUCAUGUUAUCACCCUAAAUGUGUGUAUCUCGGCUGUAGUACGUUAAUGCAUAUGUUCAUAAAGGCUAAUCGUACAUAACUGGGAGGGCAAUUGUACCCACCGCCACAAGUUUAUCAACCGGAAGAUAAACUAAGUGGAAUUCUGAUUGGCAAAUGGAAUCUCAUUUCACACAUGGCAUUUUUAAAGGUGCACACUAAAUGUUAACUGCACAUCUGGAAGUGAAAAAUGUGAAUGCACUAAAUGGGUUUGUACUUUUGCCAGGGAGCUGUGAUAAGCUGCAGCUCCUUGUUGAGUGUACACUCAGUAGCAAAAUGAGUGUACACUCACAUUUGCUGCUGCCUGAUGUGAAAACAUUCAGAAGCAGGCUGAAAUAUCCCUUUCUUACCCACCUAGAUUUCAGAAGCAUUAAGUGAACAAACUCUUUGAAGGAGUUCCAGUGAAGGUUGCUUUUUUAAAAUAAGUCUUCAACCAGUAAAAUGUGUCACAGGUAUGGUCCUAAAACAUUUCACAGCUGCAUUUAUAUUGGAAACCUUUUUCCCCCUCUACUGUCUGUUAGCAUUCUUUAAUGACAUUGUCCAGGGACCACUUUUCCCCUGUGUGUGUGUAAAUGCGUUUUCUUUUUAAAAAUUAAAACAUUUGUAAAUACAA